AUGAACUCCUUUUCCAGGUUGUCUACCACGACUGCGCCUUCGUCUCAGGCGAAGGGUAAAGGCGGCAGCGGCGGCAAUAAGAAUAGUAAUCAUGGUCAGGGUGAUGUGACUUCCAAGUCGAACCAGCCGCAGAAGAAACCGUCGCAGCAGCAGCGGCCGAUUGUCCCGUUUGGGAGGAAGGAUCGGGUUUUGUUGAUUGGGGAAGGCGACUUCUCCUUCGCUCGCGCGCUGGUCACCCAACACCGCUGCAAAAACGUCCUAGCCACAUGCUACGACGACAAAGAGACAUUAUACAGCAAAUAUCCCCAAGCGGAGCAGAACGUCAACGACGUUCUCACGGCGUUUGCCAAAACGAAAGACUCCUCCGGAGCUAACGCCGAGGAGAAUGACGACCAGCCCGAAAAGCAAAACCAACAAAAUCAACGCCGCCAUGGUCCUGAUGUGCUCUUUUCUGUUGAUGCCCGGAAACUCGGUGCGUCGGCCGGUGGUGGGAAGGAUGUCCGCGGAGGAUAUCACCGGAAAGAGCCGAGGCUUCCUGCUUGGGUUGAGGCGAAGAGGGGCGCUCCUUCUAAUGCUGGUGGUGGUGGCGGACCGUGGGAUCUGAUUUGUUUUAACUUCCCGCAUGUCGGCGGGAUCUCGACGGAUGUUAACAGGCAGGUUCGCGCGAACCAGGAACUCCUGGUGGCGUUCUUCAAAGCCUGCGUGCCUUUGCUGUCACUUCCGCCCGUUGUGCAUAGUGAGGGUGUAGACGAUGAUGAGUGGGAGAUGUCCGAGUCCGAGAGUGACCUGGAAGAGUCGGACGAGGAUGAUGACCAGUCCCAAACCGGCGCAAAGGACAUAACAGCUCGUACGGAAAGAAAGCUCCGGACUGAUCCCGGCCAAAUCCUCGUCACUAUGUUCGAAAGGGAACCCUAUACUCUUUGGAACGUCAAAGAUCUUGCCCGUCAUGCUGGCUUGCGUGUCGUGACGAGUUUCAAGUUUCCCUGGGCUUCGUACGAGGAGUACGCGCAUGCGCGCACCAUCGGAGAGAUUGAAGGGAAGAAUGGAGGAAGAGGCGGGUGGCGCGGUGAAGAUCGAGAUGCGAGGAUGUAUGUCUUCGAGGUCAAGCAGGACGAAAAAGCCCUCAAACGUUCUCGGUCUGCGAAAGAAAACAUGGCGUCGAAAAAUAAGAGGUCGAGGCAUGAGUCUGGCAGCGAAGGUGACGACUAGUCUAUUACGGGAUUAGAAAAUAAUAAUCACGACGAUUGACUCUCAAUACCACUUGAUAUGUGUACUCAUCAAACACCCGAGUCGUUGGUAGCAGCAGAAGAAAGGGUCCAGACAUGGUAACAAGUGACAUCCAAAAACAUGCUCUGAACUCAAUCCAUCACAUGAUAUAAACC